AUGGCCGACGUCGAUAGUUCCCAACCUCCCGAACCCAAUAAUAGUAAUAGUAACAACGACAAUCACAAUGGGAAGGCUUCUUCACGCCUUUCUAGAAAGCGUCCGAAUCCGCUGCAUUUACUGAGCGGCUCACGACAUUUACCGGACUCGUCCCCCUCAACGGUUUCCUCCAGGAAUCAAUCAGAUGAGAGAGCCGAUCUGCCGGUUAACCAUGAUGUGCCGGAGCCGCCGCAGUCGGCAAGAACGGGAAAUGUUGUCGACCAACCGAUCCAGGAAGAGAAGGAAUCGUCAUCCACGGAUGAAGAUACAGACCACUCUGUGACUGGCGAUGCUCCCCUGCAUUCUGCAACACCUGCCUCCCGACGGACCUCCAUGCCGGGAACGUCCACCCCUCCGACCGGUCGCCGCAGUGUGCAGUUCGCGCGAAACACAUCGGAUAAUGAGCUUCAAGAACCAUCGCGAUCCCGGGCUUCGUCGAUAGGGCCGGACGAUGCGGACCCUGCGUCCAAGGACCGGAAACAGUCCCUUUUCACCAAGCUCAAGGCGUUUGCGGCCGCGCCGUCUUUUCCUUCUCAUUCCCGUUCUGCGAGCUUGGCCACUGUCGGCGGCGGAUUGAAUGAUCACAGGAACACGGGCGACCUUCAGACCCCAGGGUCUGAAAGGGAAGAGUUCCGUUUCCCAGGUGGUUUGGAAGAAGAGGGAAGCGAAGUGGAUGCGGAUGCCGAGGAAAGCGCGGGCGAACAGCGAAUCCGAUUGCGGAGGAGGAGGAAGAAGAAGCAGCCUCAACGGACAUACGCCGACUCAAGUGAACCUCAAACGGCACCGGCAACGCCUAGAGCGUCGACCAGGCCCGCUUUAUUCUCCUCCAAUUCCUUUACGCCUUUGGGGCACCAUCGUCCCAGUGUCUUCCCGAGAAGAGCGACCUCGGAUUUCCACCAACAACGCGACGGCGUUUCCGAAGAUGAAGGUCGGAAUCGGCUGAAGAUGGAUACCACCUGGAGGAGAAGAAGCAGUGCCUGGCUAUCCAGCGCCCGCGGCUUGACAUACAGCGGACGCCAAGAGUCUCAGAAUGCCCACGAGGAAAAGCGUGUCAGCAAUUUCCGAAGGCUGGCGGCUCUUGCGGGCCCUUCUGAGAAUUCAGAAGGCAUUGGUGUAUCCUGGAGGCGCCACCGAACAGAACGAGGCUCGAGCCUGAGCGCGCAGAAAUGGCGGCAGAUCAAAGCUGGGUUGAAAAUGAUCGGACAGCGGCGCAAGGUGGAAAAUACCGUUGACCACGUCAAAUCCGCCGAGUUGUUAGCUGAACUGACCUCUGGCAUUCCCGCGGCUCUUAUCCUCGCCAGCAUGUUCCAGCGCGACGAGCACGGUAGCAGGCGCAUCCCCAUUCUGCUGGAGCAGCUGAAGGUCCAGAUCACCGAUAGCCGCAUUGAUGCCCACUCCAGUGACCGGCAUCCUGUUUUUAGGAUCGAGCUGGAGUAUGGUAGUGGGAUGACUCGGAUGAAGUGGGUCGUUCAUCGAACUCUGAAGGACUUUGCAAACCUUCAUCUCAAAUAUAAGCUACAUAUUGGGGCUCAAAAGUAUAUUCAGCUGAAAAAUCCGGAAACCGGACAGGGCCUUCCGCGCUUUCCCAGAAGCGCCUUUCCUUAUCUGAGGGGAGUUCGAGGCCUCGACAGUGAUCGAGACGACGAUGACGAUGAUGGGGGUGGCUACGAGACCGGAGCCGAAGCGACCAGCGGCAACGAAAAGGGCCGAAAGACGAAGAAGCGCCGGUCAUCUAUUGCCAUCUCUCGUCGGCGAUCGAGCGUGGGCAACGCACAGGAAGGCGAUGCUGCGCCAUCGGAAGGAGGCUCGGGUGCCGCUGGAACUGGAACCGGCAAAAAGGAGUCUUAUUCUGAACGCCAGCGAAAGAAGUUGGAAAAUUACCUGCAAAAGCUGAUCAGAUUCUUGAUUUUCCGGCCCGACAGCAACCGUCUCUGCAAAUUUCUGGAGCUCUCAGCUUUGGGUGUGCGUUUGGCAGCCGAAGGGAGUUACCACGGGAAAGAGGGCUUCCUGAUCAUCCAGUCGUCCAAGGGCCUCGAUUUCCGAAAGGCCUUGAGCCCGUCUCUUAUCAAAAAGCGCUAUUCGCCCAAGUGGUUCCUCGUCAGGCAUAGCUAUGUAGUCUGUGUCGACUCUCCCGAAGAGAUGAAUAUCUACGACGUCUUUCUCGUGGAUCCUUAUUUCAAGAUCCAUACUCAGAAGGUCCGGGUUAGGAAUCAAAAGGCGAAAGACCUCGCCAAAUCUGCCAAAGAGUCGGCGACCCAUCCACAACAUCAUGCCUUCAAACUCGAAAACUCGGAGCGGAAACUCCGGUUACUGGCACGCAAUGAGCGUCAGCUCCAGCAGUUUGUGGAUUCGAUUCGCUUUAUGGUGGAAAACACGCCGUGGUCGAAGCCCAAUCGCUUCGACAGUUUCGCUCCCGUGCGGCAACGUUGCUUCGCCCAGUGGCUGGUCGACGGUCGUGAUCAUAUGUGGCUUGUAUCGCGGGCGAUCAAUCAGGCGAAAGAUGUCAUCUACAUCCAUGACUGGUGGUUGAGUCCCGAGUUGUACAUGCGACGGCCGGCUGCCAUCAGUCAGAAAUGGAGGUUGGAUCGACUGCUACAACGAAAAGCCCGUGAGGGGGUAAAGAUCUUUGUGAUCAUGUAUCGAAAUAUCAAUUCCGCCAUUCCUAUUGACUCCGAAUAUUCCAAAUUCUCUCUACUCGAUCUGCACCCCAACAUUUUCGUGCAGAGGUCUCCCAACCAGUUCCGGCAAAAUACGUUCUUCUGGGCGCAUCAUGAGAAACUGUGCAUCGUCGACCAUACGCUGGCUUUUGUCGGAGGAAUUGAUCUGUGUUUCGGGAGAUGGGAUACUCCCCAGCAUCCGGUUACCGAUGACAAGCCGACGGGAUUCGAAACGUCCGACAUGCCCAAAGAUGCGGAUCAUUGUCAGCUUUGGCCGGGAAAGGACUAUUCUAAUCCCCGAGUACAGGAUUUCUACGAUCUGGACAAGCCGUAUGAAGAAAUGUACGAUCGCAACGUCAUCCCGAGAAUGCCCUGGCACGAUAUAUCGAUGCAUGUGGUUGGCCAACCGGCUCGGGACCUCACGAGGCACUUUGUUCAGAGAUGGAACUAUAUCUUGCGCCAGCGGAAGCCAACACGGCCGACCCCCUUCUUACUGCCUCCGCCAGACUUCAAUCAGGCCGAUCUCGAAGCUCUUGGACUGGAUGGGACCUGUGAGGUUCAAAUUCUGCGCUCCAGCAGCAUGUGGUCCACCGGAACGCCUGACGUUACGGAGCACAGUAUCAUGAACGCUUACGUCAAGUUAAUCGAGCAGUCGGAACAUUUUGUCUACAUUGAGAACCAGUUCUUCAUCAGCACGUGCGAGAUCGACGGGAAACGAAUUGAAAAUCUGAUUGGAGAUGCCUUGGUUGAGCGUAUUAUCCGAGCAGCCAGGAACGAAGAGGCCUGGCGUGCCGUUAUCUUAGUUCCUUUGAUGCCUGGGUUCCAGAAUACUGUCGAUUCGGAAGGCGGAACUAGCGUUCGAUUGAUCAUGCAGUGCCAGUACCGUAGCAUCUGUCGCGGCGAGACGUCCAUAUUCGGACGCCUUCGCGCUCAAGGUAUCGAACCUGAAGACUAUAUCCACUUCUUCAGCUUGAGACAGUGGGGUAAGAUUGGUCCACAAAAACAGCUGGUGACCGAACAGCUCUACAUCCAUGCCAAAUGCAUGAUCGUCGACGAUCGAGCUGUGAUCAUCGGGUCUGCCAAUAUCAAUGAACGAUCCAUGUUGGGAUCACGGGACUCGGAGUGCGCUGCGAUCGUACGUGACACCGACAUGCUCUGGUCUACCAUGAACGGCAAGCCCUAUCUUGUCGGACGGUUCCCGCAUACCCUGCGAAUGCGCUUGAUGAGAGAACACAUUGGCAUCGACGUCGAUGAGAUACUUGAACAGGAUAUCGCGACGGAGGCGGAAUUACGCAGGAGAGAAAGCGAAAGGAACGAUAUCGAAUCCGUGAUGCGGGAGAAGCAGGACGAGCGAGAAAUGAUCGAACGACGGCAUCGGAUUCAAGAUGAAUUCAUUACCCGAUCGGAAGAUAUGCAUAGCUUCAAUCAUGAUGUUGACUGGGAACAAUCCAACAACCCUAACCUGAGAACGACCCGCAAGUUGACUGCGGACCCCAGAGUUACAGAUAAUCCGGGGCACAAAAAGGACGUCGAUGGCGAAGGUGCCGACAAGAUGAACACCAUCAUCGAAGCUGGACUGGGCAACGGUCGCGAUUCGGUUGUGCGCAAUGACAAUACGGAGGUAAUUGUUUCGGAUAUCGCCCCGGAAGGUAAAGGGACGAUCUCGAAGCCGAAGAAGACACAGCGAAACCGACGGCAAAAGUCGACGGAACGCGAAGGUGCCAAAGAGAGGCUGUUGCCUCCUGCACCUGUUGGACCGGAGACAAGCGUCAAUUCGGAGGAGCAACAGGCGAGUGAAGCCGGCAUUGCAUCCAAAGAGCAGACAGGAUCUUCCCAAUCAUCGCACCCUUUGGCAGCCGAGCUGAAACGUCCUGUUGUUGACGCGAACUGCAUGAAAGAUCCGGUGGAUGAUGCGUUCUAUCACGAUAUCUGGCUGACCAUUGCGGAGAAUAAUACCAAGAUAUACCGGACUGUUUUCCGCUGCAUGCCCGACAACGAGGUCAAGUCCUGGAAGGAGUACAAGGAGUAUACCGCGUACGGUGAAAAAUUUGCGGAGAUGCAAAGUCAUCAUGUCGAUCAAGAGCAGGCUCAUUCUGGGACAAAAUCCCAGAGCGGUUCUCCUGGCGCCUCUACGGCUCCGGCGGAUCAGCAGCGUCAUGUCCAGGACGCUGAAAAGCCGACGGCUGAUUCGUCCUCGCCUGACGAAAAGUCUCAGAACGGGGCAGCGGACACUAACGUAUCUGGGGCCGACAUUAACCGGAACAAAGCAGGCAAGGAGACGCAAUCUCCUCUUGAUGAGAAGAGGGCUUUGAAAGGGACUGAUAGCGGGUCGUCUAAUUCACCGCAAGACGGUGAAAACGACGGUGCCCCUGAAGACUCGGAGAAGACCGGGGAAAAGGACCGAUCGGGCCCGCAAUCGGUAGGAUAUUCAGACGCUGUCAAUGUGAAUGCAUCGUCUCAGCAGCACAAGCGAAGGCGACGGGCCACUACACGUGGUUCGAAGCGGGAAUUUAGUGCUCUGGAUGGGGUCAUUGACAAGCGUCAGGCUGAAGAGCUAUUAAACAUGAUUCAGGGGCAUCUGGUCAUUUGGCCCUACGACUGGUGA